AUGGAUUUCAAAAUGGUUGAUGUAGGGUUGGUUAGCAGCCAAGACAAGGCCAUUCCUGGCCCAUCCGCACUAGUUACUGCAACUGGGACCGCAAGCCCUCUCGUACCUCUCGAGCUCAUAGGGGGGCAAUACAUAGGAGUACCCACGUCACCAAAGAGCAACAGGUUUAGUGGCAGGGGGCUGGCUGCACCCUCACAUCGGUAUGGGAAGUCUCGUGAUGAGACCGACGAGAAUUCAGAGGAGGCCGAGGAGGAUGCGGAAGGGGGGCCCCCUAAUGUCAAGGGUGGUGGGGGGGAGGGGAAGCCAAAGGGAUUGGCUGGAGAGUGGCGGCUGGAAAAGAAGCGCCUACGCAUCCAACGUAGUCCAUCCGAUAGCAAUGACGAGGAUUAUGAUCCAAAGAAAGAUAGGGAUUGCGCGGGGUUGAGGGAUGACGAGGAGGAGGAGGAGAAGGGUGAGGAGGAGGAGGAGGAGGAGGAGGAGGAGGAGGAGGAGGAGGAGGGGGAGGAGGAGGAGGAGGAGGAGGAGGAGGAGGGGGAGGAGGGGGAGGGAGAGGGUAGUGAGGGUGGCUACGAUGGAGUUCCCAACAAGAAGUUGGUGGAUUGGCCACACGUGGCCUCGUGGCCCAAUAUCCCGGUGGUGCAGACCGCGAGCGCGAAGGGUGAGGCAGGUGGCAUUGAGCGCUUUGUUAUAGCGAGGGUGAGUAAGCUAAAGCUUCGUGUGGCGAUCACGAAGCUUGUGGUGACCGGCGACUUGCCCUUUCGCAUCGUCGAGCUGGGUGCGGGGAGAAAGCUUUCACCCCAUGUGCUAUUCGAUGUGCUUUGA